AUGACUACUGCCAAAUCUAUAAGCAGAGAAUGGCUAUUUGAAGCUAAAAGAAGAAUAGAAGAAGGUGAAUCUUACAAAAGUGUGGGAAAGGAAGUUGAAUUGGAAAAUGGUAAAAUUAAAUUGAAUGUUGCCGAAAAUACAAUAAGAAGAGCAUUUCAACUUCAAGAAAUCGAAUUACCAAAAGUUAGUCGCGGCAGAAAACCAAAUCCACCAACAUUUGAGCAAAAACAAUUAAUUAAUUCUUGUGUUUCACAAUAUAAAGGAGGAAUUUCAAAAACUUAUUUAUUGAUUAAAAGGUUUCAAAAUAUUGCUCAAAAUCCCGAUUGUGAGAAAGAAAAAGAAGAAAUUGCAAAAGAAUUUGAAAAUAUAGAAGAUUUGACAAAAGAUCAAAUUUUUGACAAUUUACAAAAAAUAAAGCAUCAUCAAGUGGAAAAAUUUAUGA